CCCUCUCUCACCCUGAUACGAGCCUACUCCAGAAAGAGUGAGGGGGGAAGAAGAGGGAGGGAGAGAGAGAGAGAGAGAGAGAAAGAGAAGCGAAGCAGCUUAAGCGAUGAGUUUUUUUCUUCCUUGAGGUGAACAGUAGAGUGUAUCUGAAGAAACAGAAGGAAUUUACCUCCCCGCAUUUAGAUAUCACGGCAAAGCAAAAGGCUCUCUGCGGCGUUUGCACAACUCUCUUUGCUUGGGUUCAGCUCAGUGGCGUCGAUGUUUCCAGUGAAACAGCCGUGGUUGUGUAAAGCGCUAGGUUGCUAUGACAGCUGCAUCCGCUGCCUGGGCGCUGUGCCCUACACCAGCCUCCUGGCCACCCUGCUCUGCUACACCGGAGUGGCCCUCUUCUGUGGGGGAGGCCACGAGGCGCUCUCUCACACAUAUAAAUUGGUAGAGCUGUACUUUGCAAGAGAGCUCCAGGAUUUCACGGGGCUGGCUGAUUUUAUAAAAUACUUUCAAUAUGUGAUCUACGGUCUGGCCUCCUUCUUCUUCCUGUAUGGACUGUUGCUGUUGGCCGAAGGUUUUUACACCACCAGUGCCGUAAAACAGACCUUUGGAGAGUUUAAGAGCACCAGCUUUGGGCGCUGUGUCAGCCUGACAUUAAUUGUUCUGACAUACGUGCUUGCCGCAAUCUGGUUGGCCAUCUUUGGCUUUACGGCCAUUCCUGUCUUCUUUCUUUAUAACAUGGAAAGUUCCUGUCACAAGGUUAACAUUCUGUCUGAAACAACCCUCUUCAACCAGCAUUCAAGGGUCUGCAUAGAUGCACGGCAGUACGGGUUCCUUCCCUGGAAUGCUGUGCCAGGUGUUGUUUGUGGAACUACACUAGCUAACAUCUGCAAAACAGCAGAGUUCUACGUGACCUACGACCUUUACAUCUGUGCGUUUGUUGGAGCUGGGAUCACUCUUUUCGCUCUGUUCCUCUAUGUGGUUGCCACUACCUACAACUAUGCUGUUCUAAGGUUUCUUGGAAGGAAGGGCAUCCGUUGCUAGGUUUAGAUCGUUUUUUCGGUGUCUUUCCAAACGACUCCAUUUCUGUGGUCAUGGUGGCCAGUGAGGAAACCCAAGGAGCUCCAUGAUACCCCUGCAGAGUUCUGUCUACAGAUUCACCCCUGGUUUCAAACCUACACUGCAGAAUAUCGAUCAAAGAAAAUAACAAUCCAUCGACGCACUACAUUUAACACCACAAAUUAAUGUACUGUAGAUCUCUGGAGGAGUGGAAUCUAGCCUCUGUAUUUCUGUCUUUCUGUUUUACACAUACGCAGACACUCGCGCAAGGUUCGUUCUUCUGUUUUUUAUAAGUAGCCAAACGAGUGCGUUUUAACGUCAAACUCGUUCGACUUGCCGUGAGAUUUGACUCCCCUGCUUCUGAUUGGUUGAUACGGUGGGGAGGUUAUCUGAUUGGUUUUUAGAGGUAUUGCCCACCCACAACUAAUACAAACCAUGAAAUAACGGGGACCUUAUUUUGAUUUUGAUGCAGCAAACGCUGCGCGUAAUCGCUAGAAGCAACAAACGCUUAAAAACGGCAGAACACAUCUUGCGCGAACAACUGCUCUGCUCUUUCUCUCACGGUCAUAGGUUUGUUUUAAGGAUAGUAUGUAGCUUUUUGAUCAUAUUAAUGCCUUGCAGUUUUACCAGGACUUCAUGUUAUCUCCUUCAUUCUGUGGUGUGAGAGACACAAUGUCUCCUCAGACAUUGGACAUAUGAAAUGGGUUUAUAUUCGGAGACACAUAAAGAUACAGCGCUGUAACAAGCAGUGACCUGUAAGUCUGGGUUCAGUAUUUUAGUGUCAAUGUCAAACCAUGUCUCGCAAACUGUUAUCUAUGAAUUUGUGUUUAAUGACACAAAUUUCCCACUUUUUCGUGUCAGUCAGGAUGACUUCUUUGUGUCACCCAGCACGACUUUCAAUCGAAUUUAUUUAAAACAAGGUAUCUUUCAUGUGUUGAAAUAUAUAUCAACGCAAUCACAUGGGAAUUCAUAUCUAUUUCAAAAGGUGGCUCAUUCGUUGAAUUCCUAUUUCCUUAGAUCUCAUUGGUAUGUUUUUACUUAGGUGUUUCCCAUGUGACGUUAGGUUUAGGGGCGGGAUUAGGGGAGCCAUUUAUAGUUGUUUUGCCACCUCGUGACACUCGCGUUUUUAGCAAAAUUUAGCCUUAGCGGUUGUGACUUCAGGGUUUGGGGUGAAGUAAGUUGUUGGUUUGCCACAUACUAAAAUAUGUACGACUUAUUUUGAUAUCAGUCUGUGUAUUGAAACUGUGUCGUGCUCACUGACAGGAAAAAUGGGGAUAUUCGUGUCCAGGAUCACGCAUUAAUAUAUUCCAAAUGUCGUAUCUUUGCCACGAACUGUCGUGAGACUGGGUUGGUAUGUAUGAUUGUGGACGGCUGUGAAUAAGUGUGUGUUUUUAUAACUAACUGUAUCUGGCAGUAAACUGAACCCGAUCAAUGAUGGUGCUCGAUCAAAGAAACUAAUCAUGUUUUUAUUAUUCUGGCUCACUUCAAAGAACUAAAAGUGAUCUGAAGAUGUUAAUCUAAUAAAUUAAGGGAAAUGAUUAUUAAAUUCUGCAGAAUUCUAAUAGAAUUGAGUUUACAUAAAAUUGUGUGUUGACUUUCAGUGAAACUCAUGCAAUAAACUUUCAUUUAAUUUAAUAAAA